UUGAGGUCACACACACACAGCGCUCGAGACCAAACGCAGCAUGAUCCGCCACAAACGGGACAUUUCGAGCAGAAUACCUGAGGUUCUGAGAUUAAGUCCCCUGAAAUACCCGGACGCAGAGCUCUGAAGAGAAAAAUGCAUGAUCUAUGAUGAACUGGGAUGUGGUGGUUCACCUGCUCCUGUAAUAUUCCCAUAAAACAAUGGCUUGCCGGGCUGGAUGCUGCUGCACCGGCAUCGGAGCUCUGAAUGAAGAUAACGCCAGAUUCCUCAUGUUGGCUCUGCUGAUCAUCAUCUACUUGUUGUGUGGCGCAGCGGUGUUUUCGGCGCUCGAGCAUCCGAAGGAGAAGCUCGCCAAAGACAGAUGGGCUCAGAGGAUCGAGCAGUUCACCCACAAGUACAACCUGAGUCCGGACGAGCUGAAGAACUUCCUGAGGAACUAUGAGGAGGCCAGUGUGGCGGGGAUCCGCGUGGACGCCACCAGACCCAGGUGGGACUUCGCGGGAGCUUUUUAUUUCGUCGGAACUGUGGUUUCAACUAUCGGUUUUGGGAUGACGACACCCGUCACUAUUGCUGGGAAGAUAUUCCUAAUCUUUUAUGGGCUUAUUGGUUGCGCAGCCACCAUUUUAUUUUUUAACCUCUUCCUGGAACGUGUCAUCACAGUGAUCGCAUUCGUUUUGAAGUUCUGCCACGAGCGCAGAGAACGCAGCAAAGCCAUCCCGCCUCAAAACUGCCGGCGUCCCUCCACCGACAGCAGAGGGCGGCGCACGGACAGCUUGGCCGGAUGGAAACCCUCGGUGUACUGCGUCAUGCUCAUCUUAGGAGUCGCUGCCAUCGUGGUCUCCUGCUCCGCGUCCGCUAUGUAUUCUGCGGCCGAGGGUUGGGACUAUCUGGAUGCCCUCUAUUUCUGUUUCGUGGCUUUCAGCACCAUUGGUUUUGGGGAUAUGGUGAGCAACCAGCGGGAGAUGUACACAGCUCAAGCAGCCUACAGGGUGGGCAACUUCCUUUUCAUCCUCACAGGGGUGUGUUGCAUCUACUCGCUGUUCAACGUCAUCUCCAUCGUGAUCAAGCAAGUUCUCAACUGGCUUCUGCGGAGGCUGGUGACUCCCUGCCGCUGCCCGGGUCGAGGGAACCGCCAUCCACGGAGGAACGUGGUCGCUCCAGGCCACAUGAGAACCAGACGGGGCAACUCCAUCGAGACUGAUGCAGUCAAUGAUAGUGAGGCGGAUGGACGGCGGAUGUCUGGAGAGAUGAUCUCCAUGAAGGACUUUCUGGCCGCUAAUAAAGUUAAUCUGGCCAUCAUGCAGAAGCAGCUGUCAGAGAUGGCCAACGGACAUCCUCGUCCAUUAGGGAGCAGCUCACGUCACAACGAGUUCUCCGGAGGGGUCGGAGCGCUGGGAAUCAUGAACAACCGACUGGCAGAGACAAGUGUAGAUAGAUAAAUCCAGCAUUUAGACAUGUGAAAUAACCAGACGACCUCCACAGCAAAGCGUGACCACUUUUUUUCCAACAAAGACAAGCAAAUACCAUAACUCUCAUCUUUUGGGUCUCAUUCACUAAUAGUUGUGUAGAAACGCUCUUCUGUACAUGCACAGACAAGGUUAGCUUGGAAAGUGUAUGGUGGACUGACAACAGGUGUGUACCAGGAUUAUUAUAGUUAACAAAAAUAAAUAAAUAAAUAAAAAAUGUUACUUCAAAUAAAAUGACAGGAAAAGAAAACAUCUCAAAAACAAAAAUUCAUUAUUUUAUUGCAGUUGGUUUCCAAAUCAACAUUUCUCAUUUUCAGUUAGUUUUAUUUGAUGAAUUAACUUAAACUAAAGUUGGAAUAAAAUUAAUAAAAACUAUAGAGAGCUUUAAAAAAAACAAUAACUAAUAAAAAUGACAAAAGCACACAAAGUAAAAACGAAUUAAAAAACUAUACAUAUCCUUGUGCUGUUAAAUAUUAAUAUAUCUAAGACAUACAUUAAAGACAAGAUAUUUACAUAUUUAAGUAUAUGUUUACUAUACUGUUUAACUAUUAUUAUUUUAUAGAAUGAUUUCUGAAGGAUCGUGUGACACUGAAGACAGGAGUAAUGAUGCUGAACAUUCAGCUUUGCACCACAGGAAUAAUUGACAUUUGAAAAUAUAUUAAAAUAGACAACUGUUAAUUUAAACUGUAAUGUAUAUUUCACAGUAUUACUGUAUGUUUGAUACAGUCCCGAUGGUUUCUGAGGCCACAUAUAGGAGUCUUAAAUCCUAAAGUGCAAACGUUUUGAUUAAUCAUGAUUUCUGAUCAAGAUGGUUCGCACAGUUAGUGAACGAGAGAUGUCUUUAAUGUACUGCUGCUGAUUUUGUCACUUGAAGGCAUCUGAGCUGCUGUGUUUAUCAUCUUUCACACUGAUCUCUCUAACUGAGCCUUUGUUAACUUGUAGUGCAUUAAUCUGCAAACAAUCAGAUGCAAUUUAUUACUAGUCCUCAGUUUUCUUGCAGAUUCCAGCUCUGUCACAAUAUGGUAAUCUGUUCAUUAACUUUUGGGGAAGAGCAAGAUUUAUGCAUCAUUCAUUAGUUCACACUGCAGUAGUUAUACUGAGAAUCAUUAAUGGAACUUCAUGAACUUCAUAGACAGAAAUCUGCAUGAUUAAUGUUUCGAGUCAUUAAGGCAACGAAAUCAUGAACUCUGUGUCUUCCUCAUUCACACUACCGGAUAAAUCAUAUGAUAAUUGUAUUCGCUUCGCAGAAUUAUAGAUAAUGCAGGCUAUAUUUAAUGAACCCCAUUAAAGAACAGUUGUGACUAAAUAAAUAAAUAAACAAACCUUGU